UAGUUUGGCGGCAGAGCGUUGCGUGUCUUUUUCAAAAUCCAAAGCAUCUAACCUUCAUCAGCCACUAAUAUAAGAUCACUCAAAGCAGGAUGGACAGUUGAGACUUUAAUCUCAUGUUCGCCGUCAAUAUUUGUACAGUAAACGCGGCGGAUUAGCAGAAAAACGAGUUUAAACAGAAGGAGGGACAAAAACACCAGAGUCCACAACGAUGAGAAGAGGCAUCCCAUCAGCCCCGGAGAAAGUCAUAGUCGCAGGGGUUGGUGGCUCUUCGCUGGACAAAAACGUAUUCUUAACAGCACUGUCCGAUCGCUUCACUUCUAAUCUGUCCACUACCACAUAUAUACAGAUUAUAACCCCGCCGCCGUGCGUUACACAGACCUCAAAUGUCUGUCUGUCCGACCCUCCAACAGCCAGUUUAUACACGACUCCAAACGGAACACUUGGAACCGGACAGCGACCCACUUUAGGACGACCACCGGCAAAAAGGCGGUUGGAACUGGACGACAAUGAUCACCUUUACAUGACUGAAGGAGCCAAAACCCCCAAGACACAAAAUGGAACUCCAUUUGGCAUUUUAAAGGGAAAUAAAACUCCGAAGUCUCCAGCGGAGAAGACACGGUACGACACCUCCUUGGGCCUCCUGACGAAGAAGUUUGUGGAGCUUUUGGCCCAGUCAUCUGACGGUGUGGUGGACCUGAAUCAGGCCUCUGAGAUCCUCAAAGUCCAGAAGAGGCGUCUUUAUGACAUCACCAAUGUUCUUGAGGGCGUCCACCUCAUUAAAAAGAAAUCUAAAAACAACAUUCAGUGGAUGGGCUGCAGUCUGUCUGAGGUGGGUGGUGUUUUGUCUCAGAGACAGACCCUGAGCAGUGAAAUAACACAACUCAUCCAGGAAGAGCGCAGACUCGAUGAGUUGAUACAGAGUUGCACUCAGGAAGUCAAGCGGAUGACGGAGUCAUCGCAUAAUCAAAAGUUUGCAUAUGUGACAUAUCAAGACUUGCGCCAGGACCGUGGCCUGAGGGAUCAGACUGUAAUUGUGGUCAAAGCACCGUCGGAAACAAAACUGGAGGUGCCAGAUCCCCAAGAGAGUCUACAGGUGCACCUGACCAGCACAAAGGGUCCUAUAGAUGUCUUCCUGUGUCCAGAUGAGAGCGCGACUGACAGUCCUGUGAAAAACAGCAGCUUUGGUGUCAAGGGAAGCUCCUCACCUUUCAUGAAAGUAUUAAAUGAUGCUAGUUCCAGUCGUUCUGGUCCAGCCGUAACUGUUACCAGCCUGUCCCCCAUCACCUCCCCAUUCACCAGUCUCCUUCAGCAAACAGAAGAUCAGAUCCCCUGCAGUGAAGGACCCUUCAUCAGCCUGGGUUCCCCUCCGUUCAGUGACGAUUACCUGAUGAGUCUGGAGGAGGAAGAGGGCAUCACAGACCUUUUCGAUGACCUGGACAGGCUUCCUAAUCUAGAUGACCUCUUGUGCAAUUGAGGCUGUUCCUACCCCAUUCUUCAACCAUCAGGUCUCAGGCUGACCAGAUCAUGUCUGCCUCUCUUGAGGGAUCCAGGUUUAAGGUUAAAGAUGGAAGAGUUCUUGAAUCAUGAGGUUUUUUCUCCCUGAAACUCAUCCAUUCACGCAUAGAUCUGCCUUACAGAGCCAAGCUGUAAUCAACAUCGUUCUCUCUUCAUGGAAUACUAUCCCUGUCACCUGAUGCUUGGGGAGUCUUCUAAAUGUGAUGAUGUUCUUAGGCUGUCACGAUUACGAAAUUUGGCUGACGAUUAAUUGUCAAACAAAUAACUGUGAUUAUGAUGAUUGUCUGUUUUAGGGCUGUGACGAUUAAUUGUCUCAUUAAGGGCUUUCAUGAUUAAUUGUCAUAUAAGAAGUCAUUUAAGAAGUCAUUUUUACAUAUUUAACUUCAAAUACAGUAUAUAAAUCAAAUAAUAAAAUAGUGAUAAACUAUGAUUUCCUUUUAAGGCUUUAAAACGUAUGAAUGACAAAAUAAGUAUCAAACUAUUUCUAAAUAAUUAAAAUGUCUCUUUUUGGUCAAUUUUAAAUUUACACUUGUUUUUUUUUUACUUGUGUAUAUUAUAUAACUGUUUUAAUAAAAUAUAUAUUUUAUAUACAUUAUAUAUACUGUAUAUUAUAUUUAUAUUAUAUUAUGCAAUAGUAAAAUAUUUUUCUAAUUUCUUCACUUUCACACUUGAUUUGAAUGCUCUGAUUAAACCCAUGAGCUCUUAUUUGUCAUGAAGUAAAACCUUUGAGAUUUCGUUUCAUCGUUUUAUCACUCCACAGAAUAGUGUGCGUCUCCUCCUCUGUGUCACUGCCUGUCAUUAACACUGCGUGUAUGAACCAGGAACAUUUGACAUUACACGAUCUUUUAAAGUGAAACCAGAGCACUCUGCGUUCACUAUCAAAGUUUAUACUUGUUUAUAUUUUCGCGGGAGUUUGGCAUAAGCCUCUGCUGACAGCUUGCGCAUCAGAGUGCUUCACGCUCUCUUCGGGACAGGAGCUGUUUGACCUCCGCAGUGUGGCUCAGUGACGCUCAGACUCUGAGCUAAACUGGAUGACACACAAACGUGCUGUUCAUGUCGUUUAUACAGUACAUUACUGGUAGCUUAAAAUUCCCAUAUUUGGGCAUUAAAAUGCGACUGGAAUUUGAAUGCCCAAUAAUCACGGUUGUCUCAAAUAACCACGAACAGACAGUUAUUUAAUAAUUGCAACAGGCCUAGACAGAACUAUUUUAUAUUUCGAAUCUUCGAAGGGAAGAGUCCUUGUGGUCUCAUUGGUUCCUUUAGAGAUUGAUAUUGGUUGCUUGAAGUUGAAACAUCUGCUCAACCUUAUGUACUAUAUUACAUAAGACACACAUUCAUACUGACUGUAAGCCAAGUUAACAACUCCCCCCCCCCCCCCCCACACA